UCGAACAAGUUAAUUUCUCCUGGUUUGUCUCUCUGAAAAUGACAUGUUAGUGUCAGAACGUUUAAAAGAUAUGCGGCUUGUAAAAAACGGUUUAAAUAGUUUUUCGGUUACUCUGGUGCGAAAGAACUGACCACAUCACGUUCACUUCUCCCAUUGAAGCAGUGAGUGUUUGUGCGCCGUCUCGUUUCUGAACCGUCCCGACCACCGUACUGCAGAAGUGGUCAAAAAUGCGACCAACAAUAAACCUUCAACUUUUCAUAACACUGCUUUUAUAACUUCGUGAAAAUACAAAUACGAACUUUGUAUACAUUCGGAUGUACGGAAACAUACCAUGGAUACAUUCAUGAAACACAAAGGGACUGUCGCCGGCUGUAACGACAAUUUAUGGCAGCGAAAAAUCAUCAAUGUUAGCAUGAAGGUGCUAACGUUAGCCACUUCCUGGGUAGUUUUGUAACUGUGUACUAAUGAACUUAUGCAAGUUCAUUGAAGGAAUCAUCAAGAACAGGGAGCCGUGGCGUGUCGACCGGUCGUGUGAAAGCCUCCAUGUUCAGAGCUGAAACACUCCACCUCAGGUGAGAUGGCUCAGGUGCGGCGGUCAGUCGGUGAAGCGUUGUGGGCGAUGUGUGCGGCCGACUCCAUGUCCAUGCCGGUCCACUGGUACUAUGACAUCAACGACAUCUGGAGGGACUUCGGGGGCUGGAUAUCAGGCUUCAACUCGCCCAGAGACAGACACCCGUCCAGCAUCCUCAGCCUCUCCAGCACCAGUGGCAGCGGUCGGACCGCCUGGUCGUCCGGUGGAAAGCGGCCUGAUGUGGUCGGUAACGUGAUCCUCCACGAUAAACUGAACCUGUGGAAGUCCUCCAAAGGCACAGUCCACUAUCAUCAAGGUCUUCAGUCCGGUGACAACACCCUGAACGUCCUCUGUUCUCUCCGAGCGGCUCAGUCACUGGUCUCUGGUCGUUUCACCGACGUCUCCACGCCGGACGCCCGAGCCGCUGUGCUGUCAGACUACGUCCACUUCCUGACGGAGCCCGGCUCGCACCGCGACACAUACGCCGAGUCCUUCCACCGCUCGUUCUUCGUCGACUGGCAGGACAGCAGACCGACUUUGCCCCAUGAGGUUCUGACGUUUGCAGAAAAACACUCCAGGCAGAAGUUGAGCUCCGCGUUCGCCGACAGCCAGCUGGACGCGAUCGGCUGCCUUCCCAUGGUCCUCCCCUUCAUCCUGCUGUCAGCCUCAGCCAAUGAGGAGCAAGCUGUUUCAGCAGCUGUAGAGUUUGUGAAGCUCACCCACCCCCACCCAAAGGUGCCCGACUACGUGUCAAUUUACAGCCGGGCGCUGCACGCCGUGCUGGGCGGAGCCAGCGUCCGCCAGCAGGCCGAGCUCGCUCUGAGGAAGCUGGACGCCUGGGACACCUGCCAGAGCUACAGCCGCAAAGCCGCCAGGUUUGCAGAGUCCUCCGAGGAGCGACUGAAGGUCCACCAGAGCGCUGUGAACUACCUCGGUCUGGCCUGCUACACUAAAGGAGCUCUGUCCAGUAUGUUUUAUCUGGCUCACGAGUUUCAUGACGACCCCAGAGGAGGAAUCCUGGCAAACACCAACUGUGGAGGUGAGAACUGUAACCGCGGUGCGGCGCUGGGAGCCCUGCUGGGGGCGGGGGGCUCGUACAGUGGAGCCGUCGUCCCGCAGGAGUGGAAGGACGAACUGAGAGACGCCCAGGAGUUCAUCCCCGACAUCCUGAAGGAGAUGCAGUGAGAGUGGUGUCGCCCCCGGAGGAGCGGAGGGGAACUGCAGCUUUAAAAAUUCAACAAACCCUGAUUGUCUUCCUGUUUCCACAACAGUGAACCUUUUUUAUUCAAUUUCUCUUGAUUUAUUUCUAUUUAAUAAUGAAAAUCUAUUUUAUUUCUUUAAACUUGUACUCUGACAGUUUUGUUAUAUGGUUUGGAUUGUUUGUAUUAUCGAAUAAAAAAAAGUAA